AUGGACUCGAUGAAUGUUACAGACAGGCCAAAUCUAGAAGAAUUUACAAUUAUAUGGCUUGGUGAUGAUAUUAAUUCAAAUAAUAUACAAAAUCAACUUCGUGAAAUAAUCAAUUAUGUUAAAAUAUUUCAUGAUGUCGAUCAAUGCAUUGAAUAUGUCCUAAAGACAAUAAACGACAAUAUAUUUAUUGUUGUGUCUGUAAGCACGCAAUCUAUUCUUGAAACAAUACAUGACUUAAAACAAAUUGAAUCAAUUUAUAUAUUUUCUAAUGAAACUAUGAAUAGCUGUGAAUAUGAAAAAUGGUCAAAAGUUGUUGGUGUUUUUAUUGAUAAAGAAACAUUACUUCGAAAGUUAACAAAGGAUAUUGAAUUGCGUAUGAAAAAUUAUCUCAUACCAAUAAGUAUAUUUAGCAUCAACUCAACAAUCGAAGAAAAAUCAGUACGUAAAAAAUAUGAAGCAUCAUUUCUGUGGUUUCGAUUAGUAUUAGAAGUCUUACUUCAUUUACCUCAAAAUAAUCGAGCUAUGAAUGAAAUGUUAAAUGAAUGUCGUCUACAAUAUGCAGAUAAUCAAAAACAGAUUCAAAGUAUUAAUGAAUUUGAAACCAAUUAUAAGCCAGAUAAAGCAGUCUGGUGGUAUACACGUGACUCAUUUGUCUAUAGAAUAAUAAACCGAGCACUUCGUACACAAGAUAUUGAUAUCAUAUUUAAAUUUCGCUAUUUCAUUACAGAUCUGUAUACACAAUUAUUAGAAUUGCAUAAAAAGUUUCUUGAAUCGCUACCACCCGUAGAGAACGAUGAUGAUAAAAUCUAUCUAGAUGUUUAUCGUGGACAAGCUAUUUCACCAGAUGAACUAAAUAAUAUAAAUGAAAGUAUUGGUAAGUUAAUUUCAAUGAAUACAUUUCUAUCAACAACAAUGAAUAAAAAUCUUGCAAUGACCUUUGCUGGUCUUGAUCGACCAACAAACGAUUCAAAAUGUUCAGUUUUAUUUCAUAUGAUAAUUGAUCCAAGUAUACUUACAUCACCAUUUUAUAUUAUUCCAAGUAGUCAAGAAGAUGAAGUAUUGUUUUCUAUGGGAACAAUAUUUAAGAUUGAUGCAAUUGAACAAAAUGGAAAUAUGCACAUGGUCAAAUUAACAUUAAAUAACGAUGAAAACAAUGAUAUUAAGCAAUUCAUUGAGUUUUUAAGAAAAGAAAUCGAUUCGACAAAUACAACAGUCGCAACAUUAGGGAAUUUUCUCGUUUAUUCAAACGAGUACGAUAAAGCUGAAACAUAUUAUCAAAUGCUAUUAAAAGAACUUCCUCCAGCUCAUGAAGAUAUACCAAUAAUAUAUAAUAAUAUUGGUUUAGUUUAUGAUCUGAAAGGAAAUCAUACACGUGCUUUACAAUAUUAUAAUAAAAGUCUUACUCUUUUAGACACCAUGUCACAGGAUAACCAAUCGUUACUUGCAUUAAAUUACAAUAAUCUUGCAGCAGCUUAUUUUGCUAAAAAGGAUUAUCAAACAGCGAUAUUAUUCUAUAAUAUGACACUUAAAGUUCAAACAAAUCCGGCUGAUUUAGCUACUACAUAUAAUAAUUUUGGAGAACUUUCACGUGAAAUUGGUGAUUUCGAUUCAGCAUUGAAAAGUUUUAAAACGUCACUUGAAAUGAGUUUAAAAGUUCUUCCAAAUUGUCAUCCAGAUUUAGCAGCAACCUACAGCAAUAUCGCUAAUGUUCAACUUGAAAUGGAAAAUUAUGGAGAGGCGUUGAUCAACUACAAAAAAGCACUUGAUAUUGCUCUAAUAAGCAUAGCAAACGAUAAUUCAUGUCUUUUACAACUCCACAAUAGUAUUGCUUUAAUUUAUUUUAUUCAAGAGAAUUAUGAUGAAGCAUUAAAUCAUUUCAACAAAGCUCUUAAACUCGAACUUCCACAUGAAUUUUUAUCACUUUCGAUUAUUCACAGUAGUAUUGCAGAAACAUAUCACAAAAAACAUGAAUACGAUCUUGCACUACAAAGUUAUGAUAAUUGUUUGAAUAUUCAACUAAAUCAUCUUUCCUCUUAUCUCCCAGAUCGAGCAACAACAUACAGAAAUAUUGCUUUGGUCUAUAAGUCAAAAAAGGAUUCAAAACAAGUCAUAAGUUAUUACAAUAAAAGUUUAGAUAUUUAUAAAACGAUAUUCCCUUCUAAGCAUCCAGAUUUAGGAUCCGUAUACCAUGAUUUGGCAAUGACUUAUCAUGAAAUCGAAAAUUAUGAAGCAGCAAUCGAAGCUCUUAACAAUGAACAAGAAUAUUUGCCGCAUGAUGAUCCACAUAUUCCAAUGACAUAUGAAAAUCUUGCAAUCAAUUAUGAUAAGAUAGCUACAAGUUACUAUUUGAAUGGAAAUUAUCAACAAGCAAUAAACACAUUAGAAAAAAGCGUACAAAUUCAGUUACAACGCAUACCCAAUGAUGAUGAGUUAAUUUUGUUAAUAAAAAAUGAUAUUGAAACAAUGAAAGCAGAAAUGGAAGAAGAUAGAGCUAAGCGUAGGACAGGAUGGUGCUGUUGUUCUGGUGUCCUGUCCUGCUGGUCGUCUGGACGGACUAAGGCAGCAAGACAAAACAGGGCACGACAGAAAAAGUUCUCCUAUGCAUAUCUCUAGAAGAAGAGAUGAACUUAGUUCAAUCGUAACUUAUACAACAAUGAUAUCAUCUCUCUUAUACUGACGACAAAAAACAAACAGUGUACAAACGAAAUCAAAAAUUUUGUCUAUUUUCUCUUCUUCCUUGUAUGAAAAGAAUGAGGAUAGAAUUUCAACUAUUGUCUGUUAAAAAAAGUAGUAGUCGUGGCCAUUUUUGCAAUAACUCAACAAAGGAAAGAGCUAGAAAGCUGCGGUUUUUGCCAGGCGAAAGACAUAACACUAAAGCAUCUUUUUCUCCAAAAUUGUAUAAGACGAAAUCAUUUUAAAAUCAAGCGUUUUUACAAAACAUCGAAAAAAGGCACAAAAAUUAACUUUUGUUGAGAUAAAAUUUUCACAAAAAGUAAGAAAAUUUGCUUAAAAAUAAAGAAAAAUUCAUACCUUUCGAGGAAGUAAAUAAAGAAUUUGAUUUGCUUAAUAUUAUAAUACGUGAAGAUGAUCAUCCAGAUUAUAUCUUAAACUGUAGAUUGGAAGUCCCUCUAUCCAAAUCACAAUAUCAAAAUCAAAGGGUGCGGGUGUGGGUGGGUGGUUGUGGGUAUGGGUGUGGGUGGGUGUGGAUGUGGGUAUGUAUGGGUAUGUGUGGGUGUGGGUGUGGGUGUGUGUGGGUGUGGAGUGUGGAUGUGGGUGUGGGUGUGGGUGUGUGGGUGUAGGUGUGAGUGUGGGUAUGGGUGUAGGUGUAGGUGUGGGUGUGGGUGUUAGUCUUCUCCUUCAUACAUCCACACGCACACCUGCAUCCACAUCCCACACCCACACUCCACACCCACACUCACACCCCACACGCACACCGACACCCACACCCCACACCCACACACACUCAUACAUACCCACAUCCACACCCACCCACACCCUCACCCACCCUUUUUGUGUACUCAAAAAGUGAGUACACUCUAGAAUCGGUCAGUGUGUCCGGCCGGCCGUCCGUUUACACGAUAACUUUUGAAAGGAGAGUCAGAUCGCGAUGAAAUUUUCUACACAGUUCAGUCUUAACAAUAUCUCAGUCAAGUUCGAAGAUGAGAAGGAUUGGCCGAGCCCUCCGUGAGUUAUUGCAAAAAUACUCAUUUUUCCCUAUACCUUCCCUAUGGAAAGAUCGACCCAUUCCCGCUUCCGUAAACAGCUUUUCCUAUCAUAGUCAACUAAAACCCCAACUAUUAUAUACCAUUUGAUAGAGAAUUUCAAGAGCUACAAAAUGGUAUAUAAAACAUAAAGAAAUAAGAAGACUAGCACACCUAUUGCAAGGAUAAAUAAACGGAAAUCGGUUCUGUUUUUGUCUGCGCUCUAAUCGAUCAACAAUUCGAGCUCUAUCUUUCGAUUACAGAGAUAAUACUUCGAGGUUUUCUGGGAUGGAGAACUCGAAUCUGUAAUCCAUUUGACUCGAAGCCCCAUUGGUUGAGCACUAACCAAUAGAAAUCAAUUUAUAGGAAAAACGACUUUUUAAGGAUAACUCAAGGCGAAGAGUUCAAAUCUGAUCUGUAUUCACCCCGAAAUCCUAUUGUUUGAGCAGUAGCCAAUAGAAUUCAAGUGUUUAUAGAAAGGAUUUGCCAGCUAAUCUUUAUAUCCACACAUUCUAGGAUGACCGAUUUGUCUCAUUCACUUUUUGAAGUACACACAAGUCUCGGAUUUAAAUCCGAGGUUUCCACAUUUAUCUACGAGGUAAUACUGCAGAAAUUUCUAGAAAUUUUUUAUGUUUGAUAUAAAAAGUUCGGAAGAACUCUUACUAUUUAAUACAGAUAAAUCCCAUUUUUAACGCGCUUUCAUUUAGUAUAAAGUUUGUUAUUGACCCCAUUUAAAAUCACAGAAUUAUCUUCUUAGAAGACCAUUUUUCUGCACCUUCUUUCUAGGGAUUUGUUAUGUUUGAUAUAAUAAAGUUUUACAGACCCCUUACCAUUUAAUACAGAUAAAUCCCAUUUUUGCCUGGCUUUCAUUUGGUAUAAAAUUCAUCAUAUCUUCUAUUUGAAAUUAUAGCGGUACCCCCUUGAAUGAUAUUAUUUCCAAACCUGUAGAUGGUUUUCUCCACUAUUGCUACGAGCCAGACUACAUCAAAAAAAGUUUUUGUCGAAACUUUUUUAUUAUAAUCUUAGAUGGAUAUAGAUCAAAUAACAUAGAACGAUAGAGCAAAAGACGCUCUAUCGAUUGGUAAAAAAAGAAUUCUUUUUUAGCUAUUUAUAAGAAAAAGAGAACCUUCACCACUACUUUUGGACUGCUCUAAAUAAUAUUACAAAGAUAAAUGAAAGAAAACAUUAUUUACAACUUGCACCCAAUGCCAUAUCUAUACCACAAUCUAGAGUUCGAAAUAAGCUUUACUACGAAUCAACGAACUCUGUCAUUGAAAAUGAUAAGCUUCUUUACCUAGUCAAUCGGGAAGAUAGUCCUGAACUUCACUAUGCAAUGUCAUGUAUGCGCUACGCCGUAAAAAUCCUGAACUCCAGUAUGCGUCGUCAUUUAUGGUACGUCCUAAGAGUUCCAAGGGGACAAAUACACUUAUCGACCCCCCCCCCCCCCCCCCCCUCUUGUAUUGACAUAAUCCGACUAAUUAGCCCCUAGAAAGUUCAUCAAAAGUAUUUCCAAGGAUCCUAGACCAAUAGCUUAAGAGAUAACGUGUACUUGUCCCGGUUGAUACAAGCCUUACAGAGCAUAUCAACAGCUGAGGGUGAAGGCAAAAUCUUGAUACAGCCGUUAUUGAAUUAAGUCCUAUUUUUGAUUCAUUUGAUUGUUUUUCUUCUAUUAAAUUCAUAUUUAUUUUAUAAAAAUUUAUAAAAUAAAACAAAAAACAAAACAAACCAGGAUAAAUAGAAGAUAAUAAUCCAAAUGGAAUUUUAUCUUUAUCUAAUCGAUGAAGAACACUUUUUUGUUAUAUCCAUUAAAAUUGAUUCUAAUCGUCUAGAAAAUAGAAAUUUAUUCAAAUAUAUAAAGAAAAAAAAAUCUAUCUUACGUUGAAUCGUAUAGAACAUCUAUAUAUUGUU